CACACAUAAUGCUCUCUCUCUCGCUCUCUGUCUGUCUCUCUCUCUCCCUCUUUCUCUCUCUUUCUCAGUCAGUGUGAUCAAUUUUUCGACUUCCUCCUUUUAGAGUGGCUAGGCUGAAUACCAGAACACAGGAUAUGCUUCGCAGUUCUCUCAGUUUCACAGCGGCAGCGGCAGCAGCAGCAGCAGCAACCACCGAGAGGACGACACGCUCUGCAGUCAAGAUGAGUGCUGGGGAUGUGGUCUGCACCGGCUGGCUCAUCAAAUCCCCCCCGGAGAAGAAAUUAAAGAGAUUUGUGUGGAGGAAACGCUGGUUUGUGCUUCGGAGAGGUCGCAUGAGCGGCAAUCCUGAUGUGCUGGAGUACUACCAGAGUAAUAACUCCAAAAAGCCGAUCCGCACCAUCGACCUGAGAGAGUGUGAGGUCGAAAUGCUGAACGGGCAGCUCAGGAUAAAGCGAGACUUCCAUGGGAAGCACCUCUUUGUGGUCAAGACCUCAUUUCGGGUUUUUUACCUGGUGGCCAAAACCGAGGAGGAGAUGAACAGCUGGAUCAGUAGCAUCAGUCGAAUUUGCCAGUUUGGGAGCCUGGAGGAUGCAGAGAGCUCAGAAGAAGGCUUUCCUCACACCCCCACAUCAAUACAUCCGUCUCCCGACAGCUCGGACCGAGUGUCUGUGUCAAGCCAGACGGAUUCCAGUCACCCGCUGGACUACCUCUUGCUCUCACAGUGCGAGACGGGGAGUGUAAGCACCAGUCGACAUGACAGCUUUUCAAACUCUGAGAUCUCUCUGGAGCAGAAGUCCUCAGACGACACCGUCAAGGACGUCGUCCCCUCCCCUCUGUACACCAAUUCCUCUUCAUCCUCCAUCUUCCAUGGCAGCCCCAGUCCGUCUCUUCUCGUCCAUGGAAGGUCGACUAACCCCCCUUUCAGCGCUCCGUGCAUCUCCAUGGCUCUGCCGUCAUCCUCUUCCUCUCCGUCACGUCACGGUGUCGCAAGUGUCUUCAAGUUUGACAAACCUUAUUCUUCCGCGUCGUGCGAGGCAACGUGUGACAGGCAAACGCCUCCUCCGCUGCCACCCAAGUCGAAUUACCUGUCGGAGCAGCUCACCGAUGAUGGAGCUCACAGGCUGAAGGCAACGAGCGCACAGCAUUUCUCAAACCACACUGCUUUUCUCCCCCGGAGGACCUCUUUGUCAAGUCUGGAUCAUUUCAGAAUAGCAAAUGCCGAUAGCAGAGCGAUGAGCAACAGGAGGCGGAGUCUUAAUCUGCCUUGUUCAAAUGCCACGCGAGAUCAAAGCUACCAGGAUGAGUCAUAUGUCCCGAUGGCUUCCCCGACCUCCUCUGUUGCCACCACUGCAUGUGACGGCUACAUCCCCAUGAGCCCCAGGGCGUACAGCUUCCCCAAUGCAAACUGCAACGCUGAGUCCUCCACCACUCUCGGUUUGACGUGUCAACCUGGAGGAGUUCCGCCGCCUCCAGUUCACCGGCAUCUCAAGCCUCGCCUGAGAAGAGCUCGACCUCCACCUCUUGACUUGAGAGGCCUCUCUACAAUCACAGAGUGCCCCACUCAUCUUCCCUUGAACAGAGCAAUGACCGAAUCCUGCUUUUCAGUGAACUGUUCGCCCCUUGAAAUGAGACUUGAGAAUGGGGACAAUCUAAGAGAUGAAGACACAAACUCCACUGCAAUGGAGUCCAGGCAACAUUUCUGUCUCCCCUUUGAUGGAGCGGCUCAGCCUUGGCUGAGAAGCUCAAACCUUGACUAUUUGUCACUGGAUUUCAAUUCUGCAUCCCCCUCUCCUGUACAGAAGCAGAAGCCCUUUCUGUCCGAUGAGCACAGAGUAGAUUACGUGCAGGUGGACGAGAAGAAGACUCAGGCGCUGCAAAGCACAAAGAUGGAGUGGACAGAUGUCCGGCAGUCAAAAACAUAACGGAACAUACAUGCUGGAAAUAAAUCAGGAACACUUGGUUUAAAUGAGACCAACAAUAACACCAGCGAGGAGGACCGGAAAACUAAUUGAAACGCACUUUGAAAUAAAAGUACAAGAGUUGGUAAGCAGUUUGAUGCUUGUAUAUGGGGUGAAAACACACAAUUGCACUGAAAAAAACAUUUUCUCUCAGUAGAUCAAUAUUGUAAAUAAUACCAGAUUUUGCACUGUAACUAUUCUUACUGUAGCAUUCAUUACCUAAUAUCACAUUUUGAAAAGGGCAUACAUUUUCUUCACUUUAAAUAAACACUUGCUGUAAAUGUAAAUAUGUAAAUGUAAUUAAGACAAAUAUUUUAUUGAUGACAUGUUUUGAAGCUUUCUGCUCCUCCUGUGACCCAUAUUGACAAUGUGUUUCACUUGUUUUGGUGCUGUGAUUACUCCAAGAGCUGUUGGAUAAAAGUCAUAGACAUUGUUUCCUGGACAUACCAACAAACCUUCUUGAGGCUUGAAAAUGUUAUCUUUGGUUCUACUGAUUUUGAGAGGGAUGAGAGAUGAACCGUUUGCACUCUUUCUCCUGCAGGCGUGGAGGAAACGCUGGUUUGCGCUGCGAAGCUAAAUAUCACAUCCAUCAUUAAAAAUUGAAUGUAGGCAAACCAUCAUUAUCGUUUGUCGUGAACAAUGUCAACGUUUUUCUAAGACAUUAUUAAUGUAUUGUGUUUUGGUUAUUUAUUUUAAUUAUAUAAUGUCUUUUUUGUCAUGUCUUCCCCAGGCAUUUUCUAAUGUCUAUGCGCUGUUGUAAGUAUAAAUAAAGUUUAUAUGUUUUCUAAAUAAUAAUAUCAACUCAGUUAAGACG